AUGAUUCCAACUACGAUGCGGCUGUUUCUUCUCGUCGCCGUUUUGUGGGAGCCUUCAGCGGCCUUUCAUUCUCUCGGCGGAGUCGGGUAUCCAUUGCUGUCACCGUCGACACGAACAGCCAGCACUUCGACCUCACUGACAAUGGUCUUGGAUCGACUGUUUCCGUCCCUCCAAUCAAAGUCAGACCAACAAACGAUUCAAAGCAACGAGAACGGACGGGAUCCCGAGUACCCGUGGUGCUUUACAGGACGUUUAUGGUUCCGUCCCGCUCUGGUUCGAGUACAAGACAGCAACACACAAGCUCUGGAAGACUCAGGUAUCAUUUCGGUUCUCAACCUUUUCGGCUAUACAGUGGGCGGCACGGUGGCCUUGGAAUAUGACACGUCUCCUGUUGGUCCCUACCGUGAAUACGUCUCGAUGGGUGCCUUGGUAGCUUGCGCCAAAGGCGGGAUGAUUGGACAGUGGGGAUCAAGGCUGUACGUGAGCACCAAAACUGCCGAAGAAAUUUGUCAGCAAGUAUGGGCCGUGCCGGCUGAAGUGGCGGAUAUUCAAUUCGCCGAAAAUAGCCAAUCCUUGAAGGUAGAAUGUGCUCCGGAUCCAUUGGAUUUAUCCACGAAUACCAAGAAAAAGAUUGAAGUGACGGGUUGGUCCAACACGAGAGUUUCGGAUCCAGAUGCACCUGUUCGCGGGGGCCUUCCCAUUUUGUGGACACCCACUAUCAAGGCACUCUGGGUCAAAUUGUUGCCUAGGUUUCUGGCGCCACUAGCGCAAGAAACGGAAUUGGGAGGCCUAAACAGUGUACCCGUUCACAAACUGCGACUGUCCGCCAGCUCCCUCCGACUGCAAUUUUGCGGCCAAGAACCAUCGGAUGUGCUUGGCAUUCCGCUAGGGAUUGGACUUUCCGUAGACAAUGUCUUGAUUGAAAUUGGUCGAGAAGAGGGCGUGCUGUGA